AUGCAGUUGCUCAACAUUGCGUUCGGGGGCAAGGCUUCGAUUCGGAUCGCAGAGCAUGCGGAUGUUGGCGAGGAUGGCGGAGUGGCUUCGGCUUAUCACCACAUCUACAUCGCGCCGGGUAGCAGAUUGGCGGCAGUGGUCGGAUCGGGCGGGUUCGUGCGCGUGAACAGCCGUCACAGCAAUGGGAUUCGGGAAGCGCAGAAAUCGUCUUGGCUGCUGGCGUCGGCGUAUUCGCUGGAGGACGGCGUAAUAGAGGCGCUGGAAAGCUCGCGGCAUAGGUGGAUCAUCGGGGUGCAGUUCCGACCUGAGCGUCGCAUGGAAGUUCCUCCGCACUUCGACCGCCUGUUUCAGUCGCUUCUCGAACGCGCUGCGGAGCGCAUGGAUGCGGCCAAGUUCUCACAUUAG